AUGAGGUGGCUAUCAGGAAAUGAAGCUUUUUCAUUGGAGCAAAUCCAAAAUCAAAUUUACCACCGAGUGGACGAAAAUCAAUUUAACAAUAAGUACUAUCUAACAGUAAACACACGUGCUUUAUUUAACCGGAAGCGUGAAUUGGAGCUGAUUAAUAAAGACGUGAUUGAUAAACUGGGAAGUAUUAAAAAUUUAAUCCAGCAAUUGAUGAAGAGUGAUCGUGCGAUAGAAUCGAUUAUAAAAAUCGAUCAUGACUUGAAGUGUCUUAGAAAUACGAGAUUAGAGCAUGAUCUAGUUCAUGAUGCAGUUACUGAAGAAAUUCUUAAAGAGGAAGAACUUUGUAAAGAAAAAUUAAAAUUGAAUAAAAAAUGUAUCGAAAGAGUAAAACAACAAUUAAAUGAAUUGAAGGAAGCUAAGCAACGAGUCGAAUAUGAUUGGUCAUGCAAGAAGGAUGCUUACCAUAUAGACACAGGUUGCCUUGCUUUAAAUAAUAGUUCUAAAAAUCUGGAAUGGAAACCAGGAUGUGCACAGUUACCCGCUGGACAAUGUACACCAGUAGGACAUGAACAAUUUACCGAGGAAUCAAUAGCAUACGCUCAAAUAGCAAUCAACAGAUCUCGAGUACUAAAAACGACUAUUAGAGACCAUAUUAAUAAACUUGUCAAGGAUUUGCUACUACAAGCCUGUCAAGUUGACAUUUCUUUAACAAAUAAAUUCAACGAGACUGACCAAGCUUGUAGGAGACUUGAACAAGCUUUACUUGAGUGCUCAAAAUCUUUAGCUGAUUCGGAAAAAGUUAUUAUAAAUACAUCUAAGGCAAUAAGAAAAUUAGACGCACCGAGUAAAUGCGCUCAGACUCGUUUGAGUAUGCGUUUAGAACGUCAUAAUAUUGAGCAUUGUCGAGAUGUUCCACAGUUUAGAAUAGUUAUAAAUUUAAUCGAUGAACUUAAAGAUAUCUCAGUAGGCGUAAGUGCAUUGUCAACUAAAAUAAAUAACACUAAAAAUAUAACAGAAACACUUGAUAAGUCAUACAAAAAAAUCCAACAUGAAAUAAUGGUUAAGCGCAAAAGUUUGUGGAUCGAUGGCGAACGAUGCCGCUUGCUGAGAUCAUUCUAUCCUUCAGAACAAACUCUUUACGGCUAUCAAUAA